CCGUUGGUUCAUCGGGCGUUUUGGUGCAUUUAAGAGCUCUAAAAAAUAACAGCUGUCACUCAACAACAAAUCAGAAACGAUGUACUCAAUCAGAAGCCUGCCCACCGUGGUUCAACGGGAUCAGCGACAGGAAGAUGGAGUGGAAGACAUGACGCAUUUGGAAGAGAUGCAUGAAGAAGCUGUUCUGAUGAACCUGAGGACAAGAUUUGAGAGGGAGAUUAUCUAUACAUACAUAGGUAGUAUUCUGGUGUCUGUGAACCCCUACAAGAUGUACAACAUCUACGGGACGGACAUGCUGUUGCUGUACAAGGGUCGCGCUCUGGGAGAGAACCCUCCGCAUUUGUUUGCAAUAGCAAACGCUGCUUAUUCCAAAAUGAUGGAUGCCAAACACAACCAGGUCAUAAUAAUCAGUGGGGAGAGCGGCUCGGGGAAAACAGAGGCCACCAAACUAGUCCUUCGCUACCUAGCAGCAAUUCAUCACAAAAGCAAUCUUGUGCAACAGAUACUCGAGGCAGCUCCUCUGCUGGAAUCUUUUGGAAAUGCCAAAACUCUACGCAACGAUAAUUCCAGUCGCUUUGGGAAAUACAUGGAGGUCUUUCUGGAGGAUGGUGUAAUCAGUGGUGCCAUAACCUCUCAGUAUCUGCUAGAAAAGUCUCGUAUCGUCUUCCAGGCCAAAGAUGAGAGGAACUAUCAUAUCUUCUAUGAGAUGCUGGCAGGUCUCCCCUCGCAGCAGAGGCAGGCUUUCUAUCUCCAGGAGGCCGAGACCUACUAUUACCUCAACCAGGGAGGGGAUUGUGGAAUAACGGGAAAGAACGACGCAGAGGACUUCCUGCGUCUGCUCGCUGCCAUGGAGAUCCUUCACUUCACCCCCGAGGACCAGUCGGCCAUCUUUAGAGUUCUUUCUUCCAUACUGCACCUGGGCAACGUCUACUUUCAGAGAUAUGAGUCUGAUGGCCAGGAGGUGGCGUCGGUGGUGAGCGCUCAGGAGAUCAGAGUGGUGGCAGAGCUGCUGCAGAUCUCCCCAGAGGGACUACAGAGAGCCAUCACCUACAAAGUGACAGAGACGAUGAGGGACAAGAUCUCCACCCCAUUGACUGUGGAGAGUGCUGUGGAUGCCAGAGAUGCCGUUGCCAAGAUCCUGUACUCGCUGCUCUUCCAUUGGCUAACAGAGAGGAUCAACGCCCAGGUGUACCCCCGCCAACACAGCCUCUCCAUCUCCAUCCUGGACAUCUACGGAUUUGAGGAUCUGGUCUUCAACAGCUUUGAGCAGCUUUGCAUUAAUUAUGCAAACGAGUACCUGCAGUUCUUCUUCAACAGGAUCGUGUUUAGGGAGGAACAGGAGGAGUACAGCCGGGAGCAGAUCCCCUGGCAGAACAUCCCUUUCAGUGACAACCAGCCCUGCCUUGACCUCAUCGCCGCUAAGCCUCAUGGGAUAUUGAGGAUCCUGGACGACCAGAGCUGUUUCCCACAGGCGACGGACCACACGUUCCUCCAGAAGUGUCACUAUCACCAUGGCAACAACCCGCUGUAUCAGAAGCCAAAGAUGCCAAUCCCAGAGUUCACCAUCAGGCACUUUGCCGGCCGGGUCACCUACCAGGUUUACAAGUUCCUCGAUAAGAACUACGACCAGGUCCGCCGGGAUGUCCUGGAGCUCUUCAUUCAGAGCAAGAACAAGAUGGUGUCAAACCUCUUCCUGGUUCACGCCGAGGUCACAGGUCAGCAGAAGGGAGGCCAGAUGAGGAAGAGCAGCACGGUCACCAGAAGAUACCAAGCGCCCACCGUCAGCAACAAGUUCCAACAGUCGCUGCUGGAGCUGGUGGAGAAGAUGGAGAGGUGCAACCCUUUUUUUGUUCGCUGCAUUAAGCCAAAUAAUAUGAAGCAAGCGGGUGUGUUUGAGGACGAGCUGGUCAGCAGCCAGCUGAGACACACAGGUGCCCUCGAGACCAUCAGGAUCCGCCGAGAGGGGUAUCCUGUCAGAAUGCCAUUCUACACCUUCCUGUUCAGGUAUAAGUCCCUGGUGGGGUUACAUGAGCCUCCGGCUGCGAAUGGAGAGAACUGUGUGAUGAUGCUCAGCAAGCUGUGUCUCCUCAGACCGGGAGUCUUCCACGUUGGAGUCACCAAGUUGUUUCUGAAGGAGGACGUCUACCAGUUGUUGGAGUGUAAACGUGAGCGUUGCCGUCAGCUCGCCGCUCUCACCCUGCAGCGCUACACGCGCAUGUACUUCGUGAGGAAACGCUUCCUGGAAUUACGCAAAAAGAUCAUCGGGCUGCAGGCGCAGUGCCGAGGCUUCCUCGCAAGGAAGCGCUACGCGAAGAUGAGGCAGAGUCUCGUCCGCUUCCGCUCCCUCGUCCACAUGUACGUCAACCGCAAGCAAUACAUCAAGAUGCAGUUUAUAGCUCGGAGGAAAGCUGAAGAGGGGAGGAGGAAGAGGGAGACGGAGCUGACCAAGAGGGAGGUGGUUAACGUCACACACCUGGUGAUCCCUGCAGAGCUGGGCGCGCUGCUGCAGGCGGCCGGAGUCAGGAGGGAGCUGCACUCGGACUGCCUGGCUCUGCUUCAGGCUCCUCACAUCCAGGAAGAGGCUCAGCUCACUCUGCCCCUGGACAUCAACAACUACCCGUUCUACCGCUACGUGCAGAUCUACUUUAGGGAGCCAAAGUUUGGGAUGCUGACGGCGCCUCUGGAGUCGCCUCUGACCCGCGUGGAGGAGGACCUGAGAGGAGAAGCUGUGGCGCUCUUCGUCAUGGUGUUACGCUUUAUGGGCGACCCUCACCUGAACGGGGCGCAAGAAAACAUGUUUGGGAAUUACAUCAUCCAACGGGGCCUGUCGUCUCCGGGGCUGCAGGACGAGAUCCUGGCUCAGGUGGUCAACCAGGUGUGGAGGAACGUGAACCUGGAGAACGCCGAGCGAGGCUGGCUGCUGCUGCUGGCGUGCGUCUGCAGCUUCGCGCCGUCGCCCAAGAUGGACAAAUAUCUCCUGAAGUUUGUUUCUGACCACGCCCCUGCUGGUUGCCAGGCGUUACUGCAACACAGACUCAUCCAAGGCAAUCAGAAGACACAGCUGGGAUCAGGCUCCGCCCCCGACACCGCGAGGACCUAUCCGCUGUCGCUGCUGGAGUGGACGGCCAAUAGGAAGAAGGCAAACAUGGUGUUGCACGUGCACUGUUUUGACGGAGGGUCAUUCUUGUGUCCGGUCAACGCCUGGACCAGCGGGGAGGACUUAGCCGGACAGGUGCUGCGCCACAGGGGAGUGUCCGACUGGUGGAGGGGCAGCUCCAUCCUGAUGAAGGAGCACGGCCAGUGGGUGGAGUUAGCGGGUCACGACUACGUCAUGGACCUGGUGUCGGACCUGGAGCUCCCGCCUGACUUCCCGAAGCAGAAGAGCUACUUCGUCAUCAGCACCGACGACCCGGCCCGAGUCAGAGCCACGGCCGGCCUUACUUUGUUUGGCAGUGGCUUUGAGUCCGAUGAGGAGCUUCCUCCGGCCUUUCCUCUCCGUAACAGCAGACCGGCCUACAGUUUGCCUGACUCUGACGGUUACUCCAGCCACGGAGAGUCGGAUGCGCUCAGUGACGGUCAGACUCAGAGAGGAAUGGACCGCUACCUGGACAGCCUGUUUGACCCGGUGCUGUCGGACAGCGGCGCCGACGUGGACAAGAGGGGAAGUUUGUCAGCGAGGAUGAAGGGAGGAGGAGGCAUCGGCAUCACGGGAGACGGGGAGAGUCGGACCACCUCCGGCCGGCCGUAUCCACCAGGAAUACAUCCCGGAGGAGCGGAGCACACCAUCCUGACUCAGCAGCAGCAGGCGCUCAUCAACCAGCAGGCCAUCAUUCUGGCCCAGCAGAUGACCAUGCAGGCCAUCGCCAUCCAGCAGCAGAUGUUGUCUUCCUUCCCCCCCGUUGCCCCGGCACCCCAGUCGCCCCCCUUACACUAUCACACAACCAGUCCUACCAAAGAGAGAGAAGACAAGUCUGCUGGUGUUCAGCGAAAAAUGAGUACAACACGUGGCCCCCCUCCUGAGGACGUGGUCCGAUCCAGUUCAAGUAACGCAGAGCGCAUCGACCCCAGCCACGACAUCAAAGACAUCAUCAAACAGCACCAGCCGGCCGACGCCACGACUUCUACUGGACCCGCCACACAGAGGAAAAGUGAUGGAAAGUCGUUCGUGAAGAAGCUAGACCCACACGAUGAAGCUAUGGAGAUCCUUAAAGAUCAGAUGUCCAACCCACCACAACCGACUCAAAGGAAGCCUCAAACCUCCCUUCGUAAAGAAGAGGGAGGAGUUAAGGUUUCCAAGACGACAAAGUCUCCCACUAGCUCGAGCAUAAGCCCCGCCCCUCCUCCAGUCUCUAGAGAGUUGCCAGUAGAGGAGGAGAUCAUUCAGACUCAACUCCACAGCAGGACUAGUGAUGAAUAUUACACGUACUCCAACGUCCCGUGGAAACUCUACAUGAGGAAGGAGGUUUUCUUUCCUAAAGAAAACUUCAACAGUCCACUGGUCCUGGACCUGAUCUUCAGACAGGUUGUGCAUGACACCUUCGCUGAGGCCUGCAUCCGAAUCACGCAGGAGGAGAGACAGAAGAUGAAAGCUUUAUUCGCCGAGAACAAAGUGGACCAGGCGUCGGUAACCCACGACGACAACGUGAAGAAGAAAGUGGUCGCCAUGGCCCGUGACCUGUGGGAGAUUUACUUCUCCCGCCUCUUCCCAGCCUCUGGCAGUGUGGGGACAGGAGUGCAGGUGCUGUCUGUGUCUCAUAAAGGCAUCAAGCUGCUGAAGAUGGUGAGGAGUAGCUCUGCUGCUCCAGACUACUUCAGAGUGCUGAGGCCCUACAGCUACUCGGACAUCCUGUUCGUGUCGAUUCCCUCCAAGAACAUGCUGGAGUUCAACCUGACCAACGAGAAGCUCAUCCUGUUCUCGGCCAAGGCCCCGCAGGUCAAGCACAUGAUCGACUACUUCCUCACGGAGCUGAAGAAGGACUCCGCGUACGUGGUGGCGGUGAGGAACUACGUCACCGAGGACCGGGCGCUGCUCAGCUUCCACAAAGGAGACAUCGUCAGACUGCAGCACAUGGAAGGGAUGGAGGCCGGCAAACAUUACGGCUGCAUCGUGAGGAAGAAGGUCAUGCUUCUGGAGGAGCUGAAGAGAGACACUCCUGAGUUUGGCUGGCGGUUCGGGGCUGUUUACGGUAAAUCCGGCGUGUUCCCCAGCGACUACGUGCGCCCCGUGGCCGCUCCGGACUUCCUGGUUCUCCCCGCUGAGCGCGGGGAGCCUCGAGACCGACAGGGACGGGUCGCCGCAUCCGCUGCUAUCGCCGUGGCGAUGGGCUCGGCCGUGGCCGCCCACGAGCUCGACCUCUCCACAGAGGUGGUCAAUGAGAUGUACGGCGACGGUCUGAGCGGCGAGCUGGACGAUGUGCCUCUGCACGGCGGUCAGUACCACAUGGCGGAGUUCGCCAAGAAGUACUUCAGAGAGGCGCAGAAGAACAGAAGUGACCAUAAAGCCAAAAAGGGGAAGGAGGGGAGGGAUCCUGUUGACAUGGUCAAGUUCUCCAAGUCUCCGAUCCAGGACUCUCUGAUCGACUUCUCUGACAGCGGGAUGAACAGAGUGGCAGCCGACAUCUUCUUAGCCAUCAUGAAGUUCAUGGGAGACUUCCCUCUGAAGGGUCAGACUGAACCGGACCUGGUCACCACGAUGCUGAAGUUAAGCGGCGACCACGGCCUGAUAAAAGAUGAGGCGUACUGCCAGUUGAUGAAGCAAGUCACCAGCAACACCAGCUCCAAACCGGACAGCUGUCAGAGGGGAUGGAGGCUGCUGUACAUCCUGGCGGCUUUCCAUCGCUGCUCCGACGUCAUGAAGCCGUUCCUGUUGAAGUUCCUGCAGGACGCCUGCGAGAGCCCCGGGAUGCAGUACCAAGGUAUUGCCAAGGCUUGUGAGCAGAAUCUGAGGAGGACUUUUCAAUAUGGUGGACGUGUACAGUAUCCCAACGACAUGGAGCUCAAAGCCAUGAUGGCUGGGCGGAGCUCCAAGAGACAGCUGUUCCUGCUGCCAGGUGGGAUCGAACGGCACUUAAAAAUCAAGACGUGCUCUGUUGCUCUGGACGUCAUCGAGGAGCUUUGCUACGAGAUGGGACUCCACCGGGUGGAGGCUCUGGAUGAAUACGCCGUCUUCUUGGUCACGCACAAAGGUCAGAACGUGCGUCCCCUGAACAAGCGCGAAUACAUCCUGGACAUUGCGACGGAGGCGGAGCCUGUGGACGCCAACUACAGCCUGUGGUUCAGGAGAGUCAUCUGGAGUCUGGCUCUCAAACUCGACAACGAACUUUACGUCACCAUGCACUAUAACCAGGUGUUGCCAGACUACCUGAAGGCCUUGCUGAGUGUGGUCCCUCAGGGUCAGGCCAGCGACCCGCAUCUGCAGCAGAUCGCCAGACUGGCUGCCCUGCAGCACCGUGCCAAGGACACCAUCUACCUGCCCGCCAUCCGUGAUGUGCAGGAGUGCGUCCCCCCACAGUUCUACAGCAAACAGGGUUCACAGCUCUGGGUGAACAUGGCGACUCAGCACAUGCAGCAGGUGCAGCCCUUGAACCCGAACCAGGCCCGUGCACAGUUCCUCGGUCUGGUCAGCGCCUUCCCCAUGUUCGGCUCCUCCUUCUUCUACAUCCAGAGCUGUAGCUCGUCCUCCAUCCACGCCCCGUGCAUCCUGGCUGUAAAUCUGAACGGACUGCAUUUUCUCAACAAGGAUACUCAUGAGGCCAUGGUGCGGUUCCCUCUGAAGGAAGUCCAGUCAACUCGCACUCAGAGGCCGACUUCAGGCUCCAGUUAUCCGUAUGUGGAGAUCAUGAUAGGAGACCUGCUCAACCAGCGCAUCACACAGCUACAGCUGGAGCAGGGCCUGGAGCUGUGCCGAGUCAUCGCCAUGCACAUGGAGAACAUGUUGUCAGUCAGAGAAAAGAGACUCACUUUGCCACCAAGUGAAAUCACUCUGCUAUAACACAAACACACAAAAACACACACCGAUUUCCCACUUCACCCCUCGUGAAUAAACUGCAUCUACCUCUAUUUAGAAAAUAGAAUCUUUCGAUACGUAAAGCUAAUGUUCCUGUAAUGUUCAGCGAUGACGAAAUCAUGAGGACUCAAUUCAAGCCGCAACCAAAGAUGAUUUUCUUCGUGAGUCGUUUGAUCUGUAAAAUGUUAGAGAGGAGCAAAACAUUCAAAUCAUAACAGUCCAAACCCAUAUAAUAUUCAUAUUACGAUCGUAGAACAGUAAAAAAGCAGCAUAUUAUAUUAAAUAGUUACAAUUUGGACACCGGGAAGAAUUUAAUUUGGGCCAUGUUGAUAAAAAAUGACUCACAACAUUAACAUAUAUAUAUAUGUAAAUAUAUAUAGUUAUCUUUCUGAACCUGACACGUUUCAGUGCCGCCUCGUACCGUACACAUACUUUCACACCCACAUACCAGUUGAAUGCAUUCAUGUGUCUAUGAUGAAAUGUAAGGAGUAGAAAGUCAAACUUCUAUAAAUGACGUACCCCAUUUAUGUUUUUUGUUUGACAUUUUUAGCCAAAACUGUUUAAGAUCUUGUCUGCCAUGGCUGCUUUAUAAAGUUGAGAGGCCUCUUUUAAUUACCUUUUAACUUUUCCACUAUGGCAGAGUUAUAUUAGCAUCGAUCUGAGGGGCAACGCUAAAUUAAAAUGUGUGCUUUGCUCUCCACAAAGAAACUGAAAUGUGUGAAACUUAAGUGGAAAUGUAACUUCCUAGAGUUAGAGUAACCUACAUUCAUUAUUUAUGAACCCAUAAGGCACUGAAGGCCACAUCCCCGAACUCUUUGCACAAAUUAAAAUGAUUAUUUAUACAAUGUAUAUAUGUGUUUGUAAAUAGCUGUUGUACAUAACUAACGCAUGUGAAUAAUGCUGUACAUUAAAGUUUGUAGCAUAAAUUAC